AUGUCAAUUUCAUCAAGAAAUAAAUCACCGUUUUCGAAGCAAAUCUCAAAUAUUUUACUAAUAUCUUCGCAUCCAUCAUACACACAAAUUUUCGAAUAUGCAGAUAAAGUUAUUAUCCCAAAGUCUGUAUUCCAAGGAAUUAGAAGGGUCAAAUGUCCGUUUCCUCCAGUAAUCUUGCUGACUUCGCUCAGAUAUAAAUUCAUUCCUGUACAGUGUGGAUGCCUAGAAGAUACUUGCCAAGAAGAUUAUAUAUAUUGUCCUUUAUGAAUUAUGAAUAGGCUAGGUUUCAGGUCUAAGCAUAAUACUAAAUGCGGGAUUUUACUUGAAAUUCUUCCUUUGAAUUCUCAGCAUUAUUAUAUUUAUCCAAGCUUGUCAAUUAUCUCUAUAUAUGUUCCUGAAAAAAUUGAUGAAGAUGAAAUAAAGCACGCGCUGAUGAAUUAUACGGUGGCAAGAAAAGAAGAAUGAAUAAAAGUAAAAGAUAUUUAGCUAUUUCUGAGGAAUAAAGAAGUUAAAGUAUAUAUUGCUGAUGUUUGUCCUGGAAAUAUAUCAAUAAUUAAUUCAGCUGAUUUUGAGAUUUUAUUUGUCGAAGAGCCGAGCAGUUCAAAAACUUCUAUAAGAGAAAGGCUAGAAGCGUUUGAGAAAAAACAUUUAAAAGUUACUGAAAAUUUUGGAAUUCCUGAUUUGCCUCUUCAAACACAAAAACUCUGCUUUUUAAAUAGCUUUAAAAAGAAUCUUAAUUUCCUUGAAGAAAUUUUGUUGCUUGCUAAUAAAGAUGGGUUAAUUGUUCUAAAAUACAAAUAAAAACUUUUUAAAAUGAAAUCUAAUUAAUAAUAAAAUUUAUGAUUUAGAAUGUAAGCUGCUCAAAAUUUAAUAGAAAAGCUGAGAUUUCUCUCUAGAAUAAUAUUAAAAUAUUUUUAUAAGGAUUUUAUAUUGAAAAAAUGUUUUACUCGCUUGAAGAGUGAGUUAAUUCCUAAUAAGAAUUCAAUGAUUUUACUGAUUUAGUGUGGAGUAAGAAAAAAGGGAGAAAAUCCAAAAAUAUCAAAGAAAAAUUAAAGCCGACUCCAACUUCAUUGAAUGUAAAGCGAUACUCAAUCAAAAAAUCUGGACUAGACUUUCAAUUUAGCAGACAUGACUUUACGGACUCAACAUUAAAGCAAUAUAAAAAGCAUUCAGAUAUUGCUAUUGGCACAGAAAUAGAAGAUCUAUUUCCUUUAGAAGAAGUCAGCAACUAUCGCAAUCAGGAGCAAAGUCGCAAUUUAUGAACAAGAGAAAGUGUCGAGCCAUUUGAUGAUGCUGUAUAUUUUCUAAAAGGAACUUUAAAUGCAGCCAAGCAAUCCUCGCAGUCUCCUACUCUUCCUGCUUUAAAGCCAGCUAACCGCCCAUAUUCGAUAACACCUACAAGGACUGUUUUGCAUAUUUAUAAAAACCGAAGCGUGACACCGACCCAGCUAAGCACCCAGAAGCAGCUAUCAUUGAACAAUGAACUGUAUUUUAAUUCUUUCAAAAAUUUUUAG